UAAGGGCGAACUUUUGUUAAAAUGUCUUGAAGCUAAAUGGAAAACAAAGAGAGUUCAUAGCUUUCAGGCGGAAAACGCACCAGUCUCGGCAAUAAUUUCGCUAUCACUUACUGCCUGUCACAAUUGGGCCUAGAUGUUAAUGAGAUUUUUUUAUGUCACCAAUUCAUUACGUGUAAUCGUUUAUUAGAUGAAUAGUGCACUGUUUAAACACGUUUGUAAGCAUUUAAUAGACGAUGAUAGUACUCAAAACAAAUCUCGGUUACAUGAAAGAAUUUCUCAGUAAAUCUGUAAGUUAAUUAAUCCAUUUUACAUCAACAUGCGCAUAAUCUGCAUGUUUGUAAGAAGACAUUUGGCUUUAGUUUUGGGGAUUACAAAUGUUGAAGGAGAGCAGAGUAAUUGAAGUGAAAGCUCUCUCUCUGUGCAAACAUGGAGGCUGAGACCGAGACACAGAUCAUGGAUUCCAAUGCGACGAUUUAUGUGGCUGAUGGGAAGAGCUUCCUGGAGAACUCUGUGAGUGAAAGCUUGUAUCAGAGACUCAACAAGUUGCAUAACUCAUCUGACCUGAACCUCACAUAUCUAGACAAGGAAGAAGCUGAACUUCUUACUUUGGAGCUGAAAGGGGUUCGGCCUCCCGUAGCAAAACAAAAAUCCUUGAGAAGACGAUCAUCAGCUGACACACAGACCGUUACAGUUGAUGGUGGUCCAUAUCCAACGAGGGCAACCUGUUUAUUAAAAUAUCAGUACCCGAAGGGUAUCAUUUUUCAAAGGUCCCCACCCCUCUCUUCAUUUCAAAGAACUUAUACUUGUAGUUUUCAACUUACUACUACUGCUUCGCAGUGGUUUCUCAUCCUAUUUGUCAAAUUUUCUGGUGUUGCAUGGCCCUUUCGGUAUUUGUCACCCAAAGAUUCUAAAUGCAGGAAGCUCGCAGUAAGUUUAGCGUCGAAACUGAGCCUGAAACCACGGUUUCCAUUGAUCCCGUGGAUGGAUAUCUUAGUCCAGAGGAUCAGCAAUUCUUCAUUUCAAGAGACCUCUCCCUCAGCUUCAACGGGGAGAAUAAAUUGCAAGAUUUACUAUUGCAAGGAAGAUGAGUAAAUUGCAGGAUAAACUUUAGGUGGUUAUAUAAUUAAAACACAAACAAGGAGUUGGCUGACCUGAUCGUGAAAUAAUAGCCAUUGGAUGCCAAGCACAAUGAUGUAGGAUGCAACAACACCAAAGUCUUCUACAAAGCAUCUAGUCGGAUACAACUAUUUAUGCGAAGUGUUUAUUGUGUAUCGAGGGUUUGCAGGGACCUUAGUAUUUAUAUUGGCUAAGGUAUUAAGGUUCUGUCCAUAAAGGAAUCCCAAAUCCCAUCUUUUUAGCCCAUCAGUUAGGUGUCAUAAUCACAUAAAAUCAAGGACUCCAUCAAUCUUACUUGUAUUACAAGACACCUAAUAUAAGAUUGAUAUCUUUAGGAAAUCAAAUCACAAUAUCUACAUUAAUCUCCAAUAUU